UGCCAUAAUGGAAUAAUAGGUUCACUCACCCGAUUGCAGUCCCUUAGAGUUACAACAUCCAACAGCUACUACUACAAAAAAAUGGAUGAAUUUGGAAAAGAUUUUGACGCAGUUUUGAAAGAGAGUGUUUUGAAAGAAAGCAAGAGACUGGAAACUCUAUGUACAUGUAGUAACACACAGCAAACCAUAUCUCCAGACAAAGGAAGGAAGCUGGUGUUUGAUAACUUUGAUUUCAAGCAGCAUGUGCAUCACAUGACAGAAGGAAAUCAAAAUCCAGACAUCCACUGGACAACACACAUGGCUGUUGAAAACAGAGUGGAUGGCAACAACUUGUCAAAUGCCCAGCCACCUGAUGAAGACCUGCUUAAACUAGAAAAUGGGAGAUGCAUGCCAACCAGCCGUGAACAUCAGCUUCAAAGAGAAGAUUACAUCACAUUAGUUGAAAGAAUGAUCACUGAAAUCCCCUACCUUGACUUCCUGAAGCCGUACACGAUAAAACACAUCCCACAUGAAUAUUCAAUAGCCAUGGCACAAAAGUCAGAUAUGACAUUCCUUGGUAUGAUAUAUGAAAAUGAAAACACCUCAGAUGGUAUACAUGAAGUAUUAAAAGUGCUACACCAGUACCUUUCUUCUUACACAAGACCUGAGGAUGGUGAGAAAGUGUUUGGUUCCCAGGGUGCAGUAGCUGACCAGCUUUCAGUAGAAAGAGGAGUGAAUUGCCUCUUUGAAGUGUGUAAUGGAUUUACUGCUGAAGAAAAACUGGAGGGAUUACACUUCGAGGUAGCUGAUUGGCAUGCAGGCAAUAAAUUUCUUAAGGUUCUAUUUAAGAAUUUCUUCAGUGGGUCAUCUUCUUCAGACAAGUGCACUUUAUACAGUGACAGAAAUUUAAUCAACAGAAGAAAUGUUAAAGCAGAUGUUGAUAAAGCUGUAAACCCUUGUAGACAGUUCUUUGAAUUGGAGGUCAAAGCAAGAGUGAUUGCAUCAGCCAUGCUCAUCCUGGGGAUUGACAACCUAAACGGGAUUCCUACUCAGAUAGUUCCAGCAAAUGCAAAAGAAAUGACAACAGUUCAACAGAGACAUUUAUUGAAGAAAAUUGCAUCGCAAGUUGUAGACUUGUUUGUCCUUCAGAAAGACAAGACCGAUGCACUUUUAAACAAGGUUUUAACAGAAGAAGAGCAUGAAUUAGCUAGAAGCAGAGAUCAGACAGAAGAUGGACGAUUUAUGUGUCGUUUUCCCGGUUGUGGCAAAACAUUUGCCCACAAUGGAAAAAGAAAACAAGAUCAUGAAGCCACACAUGAUAUGUCAGAAACAGAGAUUUCUGACAUUCCUGUUUCCAGCAAGAUCCCAAAGGUUAAGAAGGAAGAAACUGAUGACAUGUUUAACUAUCAAUGCUCAUUUCUCGAAUAUGCCAUGAUAAUUUUCAACUUCUUCGAUGCAAUAAAAGAGGGUGAUGGUAAGCGUGUAGUUAGAUGUUGGAAGUUUCAACUCCCGUACUUGAGAAAUGACUCUGCCAGCACCAAGUAUGCUCUGGAAGCUUUAACUCUGGUUUUUCAAGUAAAUGCACUGCUUUCACCCAGGGAUGUCCAUAGAUUUGUAUGGAAUCGCUUUGCAUGCAACAAUGCAGGUUAUGGUCACAACAUUCCUCUUGACCUGAACAUGGAAUUCUUAAACCGUAUUUUGAAAGAAGUAGUUAGAAAGUUAGGCCCCAAUGCUAAAAAUCCCAAGACCAUUGAUCGCUAUUGCAGAGCAGUCAAUGUGACCAAAGUUGUUCUUGACAAUUUUGAUAGAGAAAUCUCCUUAAAGAAGAUGUCAGGCAAACAUGUCAGAGCAUCAGCCAUUCCAGAUCUUCAUAAAGUCAUUGCUGAGCUUGUGUCACAGAAAGCCUUUACAUGGACACCAAACAGGGAAUACAUCCACUACAAGAAUGUUCAGCCAAGUCUCUUAGAAGGCAUGGAUAUGCAUGACAUGUUCAAGUGGAUAAAUACACAUAAAAAGAACAUUAUUCUCGCAAAGAAGGCACGUUGA